AUGUCUCGCGGAGGAACAACUCUUUAUGUGACUGGUUUUGGACCCGGCACACGCGCUCGCGACCUAGCCUACGAAUUCGAACGUGCGAUGGCGAUGACCCAUCCACCCAACCCCAACUCCUCGUUCCUCGUCCUACCUCGUCGAGACUUCGCUGUCAACGUUACUCGUCUCCUACCUGCCUGCGCUUCCUACGUCCCAUUCACUUCCUCGUCGAUCGAGCGGUCGCACAAUGAUACGAACAUUGUCAUGACAUUUUUCGCAUGCGAGAAGUUCGAACUGCGGCGGAUCGAGCUUUCUAAAAUGCUGUUUGCAUUCGUUGAGUAUGAAAGCCGUCGGGAUGCCGACGAUGCUUACCAUGAAAUGCACAACAAGCGCAUUGGUCACGAUGAUUUGCUGAAAAUUGAGUGGGCGCGAACUCCACCAUCUGCCUCAUGGCGUUUCGACUCUGGCCGCGAACGCGAACGUGCCCCACCUGGACGUCGUUCUCCUCGCCGUGGUGGACGCUCCCCGUCUCCUCGACGUGGCGGCCGAGCCGGCGACUACUCCCCACGCAAGGAUAGCCGUCGUGACCGUGAUCGCGACUACGACCGUCGAGACCGUGGUGGUGACCGUGAUCGCUCUCGUAGUCCAGAUGACAGAGAACGUGAUGUUAAGGAAGAGCGCGACGAAGUUCGUGAGAAUGGUACCAAUGGCGAAGACAGGAAAGGUGAACUCCAGGGUCUUCCCUAUCGCGACGAGACUAAACUCACUGAUACCUCUAUGGCAGUUGCCAUCGAAUCUCCUCCCCCUACACAUGAUGACUUGGAUGUCGCUGCCGAGUAG